UCUUGAAAUUCCAAUGCUAACCAACUUUAGCCAGCGUGCUAACAUGUAAUUCAACGAAGCGCACAUUCAAAUAACACCCAUCGCUUAAAGCCAUUAAGGAAGUUAAUUUUAAUGUGCGUCUCGACAACUGCAACUGGGGACAUGUGCAGUUAGCCUGAACGACGGAUAACGAACCUGGCGGCGGCGGCGGCGCUGCUAACCAGCCCCCAACCGCGGCUCCGAGUGCUGUGUUUGCGGGGACCCGUGCAGGUCUUUACCGCCGCUGCGAGGACCGCGACGAGCCGGAUGCUGUGACUGCCAUGAGUCCCGCAGGCUGCCCCCAUGUCAGCGGCUUCAAAGUGGACAACUGGAAGCAGAACCUGAGGGUGAUCUAUCAGUGUUUCGUGUGGAGCGGUUCGGCGGAGACCAGAAAACGCAAGGCCAAGUCAUGCAUCUGCCACAUGUGCGGCGCCCACCUCAACAGACUCCACUCCUGCCUCUACUGCGUCUUCUUCGCCUGCUUUGCCAAAAAACACAUCCACGAACACGCCAAGAGCAAAAGGCAUAACCUCGCCAUCGACCUGCUCUACGGGGGCAUUUACUGCUUCAUGUGCCAAGACUACAUCUAUGACAAAGAGAUGGAACAGAUUGCCAAAGAGGAACAAAGGAAAGCAUGGAAAAUGCAAGGUAUAGGAGAGAAGUACUCAACAUGGGAACCCACCAAGAGGGAGCUGGAGCUGCUCCGCCACAACCCGAAAAGAAGGAGAAUCACCUCCAACUGUACCAUUGGCCUGCGUGGUUUGAUAAAUCUGGGCAACACGUGCUUCAUGAACUGCAUCGUCCAGGCCUUGACGCACACGCCGCUGCUGCGAGACUUCUUCCUCUCAGACCGACACAAAUGCGAGAUGCAAAGCAACUCCUGCUUGGUGUGCGAGAUGUCGCAGCUAUUCCAGGAGUUCUACUCAGGCCACCGCUCGCCUCACAUCCCGUUCCGCCUCCUCCACCUGGUGUGGACCCACGCCCGGCACCUCGCCGGCUACGAGCAGCAGGACGCCCACGAGUUCCUCAUCGCGGCGCUGGACGUCCUGCACAGACACUGCAAAGAUGACAACGGGAAGAAAGCCAACAACCCAAACCACUGUAACUGCAUCAUCGACCAAAUCUUCACAGGGGGCCUGCAGUCUGACGUCACCUGCCAAGUGUGCCAGGGAGUUUCAACAACUAUAGACCCGUUCUGGGACAUCAGCCUGGAUCUGCCGGGCUCCUCCACACCGUUCUGGCCCCUCAGCCCCGGGGGCGACGGAUCGGCCCUCAAUGGAGAGAGUCACGCCACUGGAGCCACGACGCUAACGGACUGCCUGCGCAGAUUCACCAGACCGGAGCACCUUGGCAGCAGUGCAAAGAUCAAGUGUAGUGGUUGCCAUAGUUACCAGGAGUCCACCAAGCAGCUGACCAUGAAGAAGCUGCCGAUCGUGGCCUGCUUUCACCUCAAAAGGUUCGAGCAUUCCGCCAAACUGCGGCGGAAGAUCACCACGUACGUCUCGUUUCCGCUGGAGCUGGACAUGACUCCCUUCAUGGCCUCAAGUAAAGAAAGUCGGAUGAAUGGGCAGUACCAGCAGACCGUCGAUCCCUUCAACAACGACAACAAGUACAGUUUGUUUGCGGUGGUGAACCACCAGGGGACACUAGAGAGCGGCCAUUACACCACCUUCAUCAGGCAGCACAAGGACCAGUGGUUCAAGUGUGACGACGCCAUCAUCACCAAGGCCAGCAUCAAGGACGUCCUGGACAGUGAGGGGUAUCUCUUGUUUUACCACAAACAGUUCCUGGAGUACGAGUAGCUGCCGUCUCCGCCAGCCUGACGCCGAGGCCACGGGAAGCUGCGAGGUUCGGUCACACGGGGAGCGAGACGGGCGCAGAAACUGAAACGCUGGCCCGUCGCCGUCACUCGAGGCCGCAGCCGUCUCCAGAAUCACCCUGACUACACGCUAACCUACAAUCUUUGUACCACGUUCGGGGAAGAACCGCCGACGGAAAACACCGGACAUUUGAAAGGGAGAUUCGACCGGCGCCCUGAAGGAGCAGGACUGAAGUUUCCACUUGAAUUCAGAGGGCGAGGAAGAAAGCAAACGUGACAGCUCGCUCGCAGGAGCGGCACUACUGGAGGAACAGAUGAAGAGUCUCACAUUGCCUCCUUUUCCUUUGCAGACAGAGGACUUCUGUUUUCCUCGUCGACCCGGUGAAGUUUUUACUUGAUCACGAAUGCUGUUGCUCACCGACGUUUUGCCACACACACACACACACCUACACCUGCACAGCUGCAAUCACGACACCCAGGGGCUGCUGGGAGGCCGAGCCGCCGCCGCCCUCCAACCGAUGCUCCGCUUUAGCAAAACAGACAGAUUCAUCUUUCUUUUCUUUUUUUCUUUUUUUCCAACUGGCAGUUUUUCUGGGCACAAGCACAUUCGUCCUGAUGCAGCCGCACUCCUCCAGAAGACCAAAUACUUCAAGGACAGAACUUGUCUUAUGUUUUUUUUUUUUUUUGUUCAGAGUAGAUAUUGUGAUGGGAAAAAGAAGAAGAAAGAAAAAAAAACAUUACUAAUAGUAUUCUGAAGCUUAUUCCAUUAACUACUCGUCAGUUUGUCGGAUGUGAAGGGUCUGUUUUUUUUCUGCCUGUCUUGCUGCUUCCAAUAAUUCACCAGGGAGGAAUUAGAACACACAGUGAAGAAUAUAUUUUUAUACACACUGAGAUUCAAAGAAGAAAAAAAAAAAAAAAAAAAAAAGAAUUUUGUUUACGGUUUUGGCAUCCUCCCGAAACUCUCAACUUCUGUUCGUCUCGUGUGACGUCGCGUCUUCGAUCAUGUCGUCGGUACACAAAAUGCAAAGUCGACAACGCAAGCUGUUGAAAGAGGGGCUCCAUCUAGAGAGGGACGCUCUGGACGGGACGGGCGCAGAAAGCUUUUCAGGACAAUAAGGUGUGCUGCGUAACCAUGGUUACCCACAAGGCUUGUUUUCUUAAAUUCCACUGAGGGGGACAAAAAAAAAAAAAGUGCCAAAGUGUAAAAAGUAUCGACUGAGUUUGGGUUGGGUGAGCAGGUGAUGGAAUACACCAGAAACUUUUAUUUUGCAGGCGCUCUUUUCAACUUCGUGCAUCUCUAUGAAAUAUCAGUUUAAACACCAUAAACAUGUAGUUUCAUCAACAUUUGGAUGUGAUCUGAAUGAACCGAACUCAAGAGAUUUGGGUUUUGAAAUCUAACAGCGAGUCUUGGUGCCUUUGGUACCGAAGACGAACCAGAAAAUAAAAUGUUCCCCCAAAAUAACUAUCGAAUUUUAGUCCUGUAAGUAAAGACCUAAUUAAUUAAAGAUGCUUAAUCUUGUCUCAUAGAAUCUGAACGUAACAAACGAUCAUGUGUUCCGCAACCUGUUUUGUUCCCUUUUUGCCUCCAUCCACCUACUAAUUUCACCUGAUUGGUGGAGAGCUAGUCAAGUUUGCUCAAUCUAGUUGGAGACUGGACUGAUAAAAGGGCCCGUCCAUGUCGCACAUCAGUCAUUCAGAGGGACGAGUUUCCUAAAUGAUCACUUGAAUGGCAGUCCCUGUAGACCCUCACUAGAUGGCGCCCUCGUCCCAUUGUGGAGCAUGAUGUGAGGUUUCUCCACAUCCUCUAUCUUCAUUCAACUGCUGCAUUUUGUUGGGUUUUUUUUUUUUUUUCCCCAAUUGGGCCUUUUUCAGAAACUUUUUUCUCUACAUUCAAGACACCUUGUUGUGAUGCUCUUUCAGGUAAAUAGCAACAAAAAAAAAUAAAUGAAAAAAAAAAAAAACCCCGAGAGUUUGUAUAAUGCGUCAGUUUUGCAGUGUUAACUGUCGGUCGCAUGUUGCUCUAAGUUGAUGUGUUCAUCUGUGUGUGAAUGUGUGCACGUGUAUGUGCCCAUGAAAGGAACGAAGAAGAAAAAAAGUUCAACCAACCAGGUGUGUUUGUAUAAAAUGUGUUGUUGUGCGAAAAGCGGCGGGGAUAAAAAAAAACAAAA